AUCUGUCGAAAGUAGAAAAGGCCGCUGCAAGGCAUCCCCGACACGGGAACAUGGUUGCGUCCAGCUCAGUCCGUCCUCCGUGACAGGGCCAGCAGUUCGCGGCCAGCAUGAAUCCUCUUCCCGGCAGAGCCGGUGACCCACGGCAGAUACUUUGGCUUCGUGAUGAGUCGGAUGGCUCCAAUGCCCCUGGAAUUCUCGCGGCAGUUGGCACAUUGACCGGCCUGUCAACAUUGGUGCUGUGGCUCCGUUGCUAUGUGCGAGGCUAUCUCCUGCAACGAUUCAACGCAGAAGAGUACAUCAUUACCGUAGCGUGGCUGUGCGCCGUUGGUGUGCUAGUCUGUUUUGUGCUGGAAGCUCAACACGGUGUGGGUCGCUUCAGCAAAGACAUCACCGAUGAAGAUGAGCAAGUCUUGUCUAAGCUGGUAUACUAUCAUUCAAUUAUUGUCAUGGUCGGGCUUAGUCUUGUGAAAAUUUCCUUAGCUGUAUUCUUGCGCCGUUUCUCGUCAACUCUCUUAAGCAAGGCGCUAGUUGGAUCGAUCAUUUUUCUGGUGGCAUUUACCAUUGCCUGUGGUCUUACGCUGAUUCUACAAUGCAUUCCUGUAGCGGCAGCGUGGGAUACAAGCUUGCAACCUCAUGCCCGCUGUUUCGACAGUGAUACAUAUACAGCUAUUGGCCUCUGGAAUAGUAUUACGAACCUCGUCACCGAUGUCAUCUUUGCAACUUUGCCAAUUCCCCUUUUCAUAGGGAUUCAGGUCAACUGGCGAACCAAGUUUUCGCUGAUAGGAGUGUUGAGUCUUGGAUACCUUGCCUGCGUCGCUGGAAUUGUCAAGAUCAUUUCGCAGGUCAACGUACUAAAAGAGCAAAACAUGUAUCGACACGAUACUUUCAUGAUUUGGAACUGUGCCGAGCUAAAUGUCGCUAUUCUCGCCGCCUGCCUCCCUAGUCUCAAGCCUCUACUGAAACCGGUCCUCGAUGGGACCCGCAGCCUGACCACGGGGCGCCGCAAUACCUCUGCCUACCGCUACGACACCCAGGGAUAUUAUGUUCAGCGCAGCACCGACAUUGCCAUGAAGUCAAUGCCCCGAGUACCACCGACUGUCUACGAUAUCACAGCUGCAGGAAGCUCCGACGGCGAAUCCGGGAACUGGAGAGAGAGUGACGAGCAGAGGCUGCAUCGGACUGAGACCGGCAUCAUGAAAACGACGGAAGUGGUGAUUCAGACACAUGGAGACUAAUGUUGUUUCAUUUGCAUAUUCCGGCCUUCUGAAUAUUACCCGGUUUACAUUCGGCUUCUUGGAUCCUUAUUCAAGCCCUACUCCAUGUGUACUGGUAAACACCAGUCUAACAUUUUGCAAGCACAAGUCUCAGUAGCAACUCGAAAGCUCGACGUAUAAGAAGAUUCAACUGAACAAUAAAUCUCGUCUCUCAUGUGUCGCCAACCGAUUACCGGCACUAACUAUCAUAUAAUUUCAACUCUAAACCUAAAGGGCGGCUACCCUGGAGCAGUACUCUCAUUGAACGACAAUAACGAUAUUGAUUCUUUUUCGCCUCGUGUCAUAAUAAUGACACUUAUUGGAGGUGAAGU